AAAAACCUUGUCGAGAAACGGAUUAAUUUGGUUUAUGGAGGUGGUAGUAUUGGACUCAUGGGUCAUGUUUCUAAGGCUGUUCAUGAUGGCGGGCGCCAUGUUUUAGGGAUUAUUCCAAAAGCUCUAAAGCCUAAAGAGUUAACUGGUCAGAGUGUUGGAGAAGUUAGAGUUGUUUCUGGUAUGCACCAAAGGAAAGCCGAGAUGGCUCGUCAUGCUGAUGCUUUUAUUGCUGUUCCUGGUGGAUAUGGUACCUUUGAAGAAAUACUUGAAGCCGUUACUUGGGCUCAGCUUGGAAUCCACCGUAAACCCGUGGGACUUUUAAACGUCGAUGGGUUUUACAACUGGUUGUUGUCUUUUAUAGAUAAUAAAGCAGUUUCUGAUAGGAUUAUAUCUCCUUCUGCAUGUCGUUCUGCAUGUCGCAUUAUCGUUUCUGCUGAAACUGCCAAGCAAUUGGUGGAAGGACUUGAAGAGUUUGUGCUAGAGUACGAUGAGUUAACAACAAGUUUGGUAUGGGAGCCGGAAUCAACAACAGGAGUUUCUACGUAG